CAAACGAAAGAAAAAGAUUUUUUCACCCAAACUUGUAAAAUACAAAUAAAAGAAAAAAAGAAAAAAAAGAAAAAAAGAAAAGAAAAGAAAGAAGAUCAAAGCUUUAGGUUAGGCUUCAAAUCUUCUUACGUCUCUCUCUCUCUCCCCUGGGCUCUGUACACUUCCGCAACGAGUUCUCCUCUGUGUUCGGUGGUUCCCUUAUAAUUUCUGCUCAUUUUGCUUCGUCUCUCUCACUUGAAGAAAUUUCACAGAAGAGUGAGAAAGUUCAGCGAUGGCGGCACUUCAGUACUUGGAAACACAGAGAAACUCGCAUCCAGAGCUCUCAGAAUGGUACAAUACUCUAGCAGAUCUGUACCAGAAGAAACUCUGGCAUCAGCUUACUCUCGAGCUUGAGAAGUUCGUCGCUCUCGCAGUAUUUCAGGCUGGUGAUGCCCUGAUACAGUUAUAUCACAAUUUCAUCACUGAUUUUGAGACGAAGAUAAAUCUCCUUAAGCUUGCUCAUUUUGCUGUCAUAGUUUCCCGACAGUAUGCGGAGAAAGAAGCGGCUAUUGGUUAUCUAGAGGGGGUAAUUGAAAAGCUUCGUGCUACUAAGGAAACUCGUAUUGAGGAGCCUGUCCUUUAUAUAAAGAUGCAGAUAGCUUUGUUUAAGCUUGAGCAAGGGGAACAGAAAGAAUGCAAGAACCUUUUGGAUGAUGGAAAAACGACACUUGACAGCAUGACUGAUAUUGAUCCAUCAGUAUAUGCUAGUUUCUAUUGGGUCUCAUCUCAAUAUCAUAAAGCACGUCAGGAGUUUGCCGAGUUUUACAAGAAUGCUCUCCUUUAUCUUGCAUACACAUCUGUGGAGUCUCUUUCCGAAUCAUUUAAGCUGGAUCUGGCUUUUGAUCUUUCAUUAUCUGCACUUUUGGGAGAGAAUAUCUACAACUUUGGGGAGCUACUUGCACAUCCAAUUUUGAACUCUCUUCUUGGAACAAAAGUUGAGUGGCUUUACUAUAUCCUGCAAGCAUUUAACACUGGUGACUUGGUUCGAUAUCAAGAACUGUGCCAUGUUCACAAGGAUGCUCUGAAUGCACAACCAGCAUUGGUCGCCAAUGAAAGAAAGUUGUUGGAGAAGAUAAAUAUUUUGUGCUUGAUGGAAAUUAUCUUCAGCCGACCUGCAGAAGACCGAACAAUUCCAUUGAAUGUCAUUGCAGAGCGGACCAAACUAUCUACUGAAGAUGUUGAGUAUCUUCUUAUGAAGAGUCUCUCUGUCCAUCUUAUUGAGGGAAUCAUCGACCAAGUUGAGGGUACAGUUCAUGUGUCCUGGGUGCAACCAAGAGUUUUGGGGAUUCCACAAAUCAAGUCCUUGCGUGACCGGCUGGAUAAUUGGGUGGGGAAAGUACACACUGCCUUAUUGUCCGUUGAAGCUGAAACACCAGACCUAGUUGCGUCUUAAUUUUUAGGUUAUCUUACUUGUCUCUUGUAACAGAUACUUAGUGCUCAAACGUAAGGGAAAGAUGGCGUAUAUUUUGAGAGAGAAAUUGGUUGUGAGGUUAUCUAGUCUCACCUGGGCUUUAACUUUUUUAUGCAUCUUUUCAAGUAUUUUGUUGGUCUUAAUUCAUUUUUCCUGAAAGGAGCAAAUCUUUCCCCUUGUAUUAUUCCUCUAUCUGAGGUGUUUAAUCUGCUCGAUGGGACUAAAAGAGGGGGCGAGAUAUUUCAAAUACAUCUCAAUUGUGCUUUUGUAGUGUUGAAUUUGUCUUUUGUACUUUAGUUUCUCGAUUUCUAUUGAACAAAAAUGUCUGCUUUCUUCA